AUGUAUUCUGAUGAAUGCACCUUUGACACCUCUGCUCGCGGCUCAGCAUGGGUGACACGACUUCCAGGUGAACGAUUCCAUGAGGAUUGUAUUCAAUAUACUUUCAACAGUGGGCGGGGAUCUGUUCAUGUAUGGGGAGCGAUCAGUUACAAUUGGAAGUCAGAGCUAGUGUUUUUGGAUGGUACAGGUGGAAAAGGUAUUUGUGCAAAGGACUAUAUGGAACAAGUCUUGGAACCCAUAGUUGCGCCAGCCUUUAUGGGUCUGCUUGACUAUGAUGCAUCUACAGGUGGUCUAUAUGUUGAAGAUAGGGCACCAUGGCAUGGGACUAAGAAGGCACUGGUGGAAGUCAAAAAAAUACUUGAUAUCCCUCUCCAUUCUAGACCUGCUCAAUCUCCUGACCUUAACCCAAUAGAGAAUGUAUGGAGGAUUAUGAAACAGCGGAUUAAAGCAAGGUCUCAAUUUCCAAAUACUGUAAAACUGAUGGCAAAGGCAAUUCAGGAAGAGUGGGAUAGGCUGGAGUCAAAGGAUUGGAAUGGAUUUAUUGAUAGCAUGCCAACAAGAUUGCAGGAAGUAAAGAAAAGGCAUGGACUUAUAACUCAAUAUUAA